UAGAACACCAUUGCAGGUAUUGCUCAAGAUCACAUACUGAGGCACAAACAAAAUGGGAAAUAAAUAGGAAAGAAUUAUUUGCAUUAUAUAAAUGUUUACUAGCAUUCGAACCAUACAUAGUUUACAAUAAAUUUAUUGUAAGAACAGAUAAUACACAGGUAAAAUGGUGGAUAACCAAAAAGAUAGAUGAUUCAGUUACAACAAAGGAAAUAAGAAGAUUGAUAUUAAAUAUAUUGAAUUUUACAUUUACAAUUGAAAUUAUAAAAACUGACGAAAAUUUAAUUGCAGACUACCUCUCAAGAAACAGAUAUGAUGAAAGAUCUACUGGCAAUGAUGACAAAUCUAUGUCAAAAAGUAGAAAAGAUAGAAAUAGAAGUAAAGGAACUGAAAGCUAACGGUCAGCAGCAUGACCAAAAACAUGCGGAGCUACGUCGUACGGCAGACGGAAAACAGCCAGAGAUAGAAGGAGAUGAUGGGAAACUCCGGAAAACCCAUAACAAUGUUUGUUCAGAUACAGCUGCAGGUACAAGUAAAAGAACUAGUGAAAAACCAAAAAACACAAACUUAAACCAGUUAUUUGCAAAACCAUUUACCCAAAAACCACAAAUGCAGAUACCAGCAGAACCACAAACAUCAACCUAUACAGUAAGCCUACAAAACGACAAAAAAAGAUACAACUAUAUUUCCCAAUCUUACAUUGAAAACAUAUACAAAAUCCAAACAUACCUAAACCUAAACCCAAGAUCUAUACAAACAAAAAAUUCCGAAGAAGAUUAUAUAACCCAGAAACUACAAGGAUAUAACAAACUUAUUGCACAACCUAAGACCAACCCCAACCUAGUAAAAACAUGUUAUAACUACGGACUACUAAAUACAGUAUACACAUAUACCGGAGAAGAGAUAGUAGGAAUACCAGAAUUACAUAGAGCAGAAAAUUUAUUCUAUAUAAAAUGUUAUACAGCACCAGCAGAGAUAUUAUACGAAGAGAUAAAAUCACCAAUACAGGUGGUAAAGAUAGGAUUAACAAAAGAUAUGAUUAUUCCAGAAGAGAUAGAAAAACAAAAUGAGAUACCAAAAGUAGAAAUACCUAAUUUUUAUGCAAAUAAAAGAAUAAUUGGUAUAGCUACGAUUAUACAAGAGCUAGCAAACAAUUAUUUAAAUGGCAAUGCUAUUUGGAGCUAUUAUGCAAGAGAUCAGGUAAUGAUAUAUGCAAACUCCAAAGAAUUAAGAAAAUCAGAUAUGGACGAAGUUCAAAGAUGGAUUUUGUCAUUGUUACAACCAGAAGAACAACCAUCUACGAGAGCUUUGAAGAAAGGAUUUAUUUCAGAAGAAUUAUUAGUAAGGUAUUGCAAACUUAUCAGCAACAAAUAUCCAGACCACAAAUGCUCCAAAUGCAACGGAGAAGACAAUGUGAUACCUACAGUUGAUUUAGAAUAAAGAUAAAAAAAAAAAGUUAUUAUUGUUGGCUAAAUAACAGCCAUAUGUAUAAAGUAUUAUAUGUAUUGUUGUGUCGGCUGAAUAUCAGCCAUAUGUAUAAAGUAAGAGUCUUUUUAUUUUUUGUCGUCUUGCGUCGGCUGAAAAAAGCCAAAUGUACAAAAGUCGUAAAGUAAAUAGUUUGUCGGCCAAUCAUGUAAAAAGUUUGUCGGCCAAGUAUGUAAAGUAAAUAGUAUGACGGUGUAAUUAUGUGUAUAAAUAGAGGAGCUUUCCUCAUAAAUAAAACACACCUUCAUCCUUACAUCUCUCAUCUUUCUGAAUACUCUCUCUUUACGCUUCCACCCCAAAAUUGGUAUCAGAGCUAGCUAGUUAACAAAUUAAGCUAAUAACUAUGGAGAAAUCUGAAGCUACAAAUCUACAAAAUCAGGUAUACUCUCUUAAAUUUAUGAGUAGCUAAAUAAAUUUAUU